AUGGAUGCGAAUCUGGUCGAGGUGAUGCAAGGCAUGUCACUGGAGGAGGAUAAAUCGAUUGUUAUACCACAGGACGACACCUUUUGUGCCAUGGAAAGAGGAGGAAGAAGUUUGUUGGGUAGACUGCUCAACCCGGAGUGUCAGAAUAUGGCUCGGAUGCUGAGAACGAUGCCAAAAAUCUGGAAGGUCUAUGAGCGGGUGAAGGGGAUUGCUUUAACAAGAGAGCGAUUUCAGUUUGUUUUCGAUCUGGAAACGGACAUUCAGACUGUUCUGAAACAAGGGUUUUGGACUUUCGAUGAUUGGGGGAUGGCUAUGGAGAGAUGGGUUGAAUACCCUCCCAGAAACUUCCUACAAACUACGGCAAUUUGGGCACGUCUGAGGAAUAUCCCGGUGAACUACCUGACGCUGAAAACAAUUGAUGCGAUAGCAGAUGGGAUUGGGCAUGUAAAGGUUAUUGAAUUUUAUCCGGAGAAGCCUCUGCUUAAUGACUAUGUGAGAGUCCAAGUGAUCAUCGACCUUAACCAACCUAUUAGAGAUAAAAAAUCACUCACUCUGCCAGGUGAUCGAGUGGAAUUUAUAGAUGUGGAAUAUGAAAGAAUCAGGAAGAAGUGCUUUCACUGCCUACGACUAUCACAUGAAAAGCAGAGGUGUCCAUUGCUACAACGCUCAAAAAACAAGGGCAAUGAGAUAGCAGUGGGCCAAGGAUCAGUGCAGAAACAGGCUGGAGCAAGCCGACAGCACCAUAACAAUUUAGCGGAAAUGCUUAUGCCACUCCUUGCUCCUUCUGUGCCUCCGGGGUUUCAGCCUUACAGUACAGUGGUAGCUCCUGAAGUGUUUGAGCAGAUGAGAAUAUACAUGAGCUGUGUGGACCCUGAGGAGAGGAGUCUCAGAGAAGCUAAAAUGAAAAAGACUCUUGAUGAGCUAUCAAGAGAUCCUCUGGCGCAAAGAUCAUGUUUGAGAUUGGAGACAGCGCCAGUGACCUCAAUGGAGAAAAAUGGAGAAAGGGGACGAGUUUUUGACUUCAGAGGAGUGGAGAAUAGAGAGAUCCCUGAUAUCUCUGAAUCCUCGGCCCGAAGAGAAAACCGUCAGCAUCCAGCUUUGGAGAUGGGGAGUGAAUAUAACAAUCAACAAAAGGAAGGAACAUAUGCUAUAUAUUGGCUUUCGAACAGAACAGGCUACAUAGAGGAGUGUGAGGCUCAAAGCCACAACGCAGAAAACGGCUGA